AUGGCUUCCCUGGGAGAAUCGGAAGUCGUCCUGGUCGAUCCAGACGGCGACCUGAUUUUGGAAGUUGGCAAGGAACACGACCUCACGGAAAAUAACGUCAAAGUCUCGCAAAACAACAAGGGCGACUCGGACACAGCCCAGCAGCAGACCGCCAAGUCAAAGGUCCUCCGACUUCGCGUUUGCAGCAAGCUCAUGAUCAUGUGUUCUCCCGUGUUCAAGGCCAUGCUGAACGGACCUUUCUGUGAAGGCCGACUUCCACUGAAUGCUGCCGAACCACCGAUCCUGAAACUGCCGGAUGAUGAGCCGGUGGCUAUGGGGGAACUGUGCAAGAUCCUUCACCACAAAUGUGACAUUGAUGUGGAUUGCAAAGAGCAUAACGCCCGACUCGCCACGGGCGCGUUCGUGGACUGGCGCCGGGACACGCGAGAUUAUGCGACCUUGGAGGACUAG